AUGGGCCGAGAGCAGAGACGAAAGAAGCCAAAACGGCAGGAACGCCACCGGCAAGAGGAGCAGCAACAAAAUCAUCAGAUACAGCAGAGACUACAGCAACUAAAGCAAGAGGCGCGCAAGCAGGAACAGAGGUUGAAGCAACAACAAAACCAGCAACAGGGAAAGAAGAAGCGGUGGUCUUCGAGAAGCCGACCUCAAUUCAAUCCCAAAAAUCGUCCCGACUGGUUUUUCCGUCAUCUGGAUAUCCUAGAGUAUCAAUCUGCCGAUCACGAAAGGAGAGUCUUUGGGGAAGAUCUUUCUGACAUUGAGCCCUCUAAGAAGGAUUGCACCCACGAAGAAGAUGGCUCUGAAUGCGAGUGUGAAAUACCGGUUCUGCGAGAGUACACAGGCGACGAUAAGGAAGAAGAGCUGUUUCGUAAAGCGAGAUGGCAACGGGAGAUGUACAAGCGCGAAAACAAGGAAAGAUUCAGGAAGAUCAAGUCGGCCGUCGAGACUCUGCUACGGAACGAAUCAAGAGAGGAGAGAAAGCCUCUUUACUAUAUGAGCCGCAACAUCACGUCCAAAUUCGACUUGGUCUCUGAAGAAUACACAGCUCCCGUAGAUCCCGAUGGUAUCCGCACGAGCUGUACGAUUGACUUUUCAGACAUGGGAUCAUUUCGCGCCAUGAAGGUCCCAUCGCUCAGGGGCUUGACCGAAUUGAAGGUCGGCAGGCAAUUGACUGGGUGUCUAUCCAUUGACGGCGCAGAGGAUUCCGACGAUGAGAUCCGAGUUGAAUUUGAAUCAUUCGAGUGCCCUCAAACUCCGGGAGUGUAUUAG